GACGGCGACAGCGUUUUGUUUUAUUUCAUUUUAGUGGUUGCGUUUUACUUUGAAUUAGCAAAAGAACGAUUGAGGAGAGUGGAAAAAAAAAACAACGGUCGGAAAAUGGCUUCGACCGCGGCUGGAAAACAGCGAAUUCCUAAAGUGGCGAAGGUGAAAAAUAAAGCACCUGCCGAAUUGCAAAUCACUGCUGAACAGCUCCUGAGAGAAGCGAAAGAGAGGGAACUUGAACUCCUUCCACCACCUCCUACACAAAAGAUUACCGAUGAGGAGGAAUUGAAUGACUACAAGUUAAGGAAAAGAAAAACAUUUGAAGACAACAUACGGAAAAAUCGAACUGUUAUUAGCAACUGGAUCAAAUACGCACAAUGGGAGGAGAGCUUAAAAGAAAUACAACGAUCACGUUCCAUUUAUGAGAGAGCAUUAGAUGUCGAUCACAGAAAUAUAACUCUGUGGUUGAAGUAUGCAGAAAUGGAGAUGAAAAAUCGGCAGAUUAACCAUGCCCGAAAUAUCUGGGAUCGCGCAAUUACCAUACUGCCCAGGGUCAACCAGUUUUGGUAUAAAUAUACAUACAUGGAGGAGAUGUUAGGAAAUGUUGCAGGAGCACGACAAGUGUUUGAGCGGUGGAUGGAAUGGCAGCCUGAUGAACAAGCAUGGCACUCCUAUAUCAACUUUGAACUCCGAUACAAAGAAAUUGAAAGAGCCAGGCUGGUUUAUGAGAAGUUUGUUUUUAUUCAUCCUGAUGUGAAGAACUGGAUUAAAUAUGCCCGGUUUGAAGAAAAACAUGGUUACAUUGGACAUGCACGGAAAGUAUAUGAAAGAGGAGUGGAGUUUUAUGGAGAAGACCACAUGGAUGAACAGCUUUUUGUAGCAUUUGCAAAGUUUGAAGAAAAGCAGAAAGAAUUUGAUCGAGUGAGAGUUAUCUACAAAUACGCACUUGAUAGAAUUGCCAAACAGAAGGCUCAAGAGCUCUUCAAAAACUAUACUGUAUUUGAGAAAAAGUUUGGGGACAGGAGAGGCAUUGAAGAUGUUAUUGUCAGCAAAAGACGCUUUCAGUAUGAGGAGGAAGUCAGGGCGAAUCCACAUAAUUAUGAUGCCUGGUUUGACUACCUUCGACUAGUUGAAAGCGAUGGAGAUCUUGAUACAGUACAUGAAGUAUAUGAGCGUGCAAUAGCCAAUGUACCACCCAUUCAGGAAAAGAGGCACUGGAGGAGAUAUAUUUACUUAUGGGUCAACUAUGCGUUGUUUGAAGAAUUGGAGGCAAAGGAUCCAGAGAAGACUAGACAAGUGUAUCAAGCAUGCUUGGAACUCAUCCCUCAUAAAAAGUUCACGUUUGCUAAAUUGUGGCUGCUAUAUGCGCAAUUUGAAGUUCGACAGAAGAACCUAUCUCUCGCCAGGAGGGCUUUAGGUACUGGCAUAGGAAAAUGUCCAAAGAACAAGCUGUUCAAAGGAUAUAUUGAACUAGAGCUCCAGCUUCGUGAGUUUGAUCGGUGUAGGAAACUCUAUGAAAAAUACCUCGAGUUUUCACCAGAGAACUGCACUACUUGGAUUAAAUUUGCUGAGUUGGAGACCAUUCUGGGUGAUAUUGAACGGGCUCGUGCAAUCUAUGAAUUGGCAAUUGGCCAACCUAGGCUAGAUAUGCCAGAGGUUCUUUGGAAGUCUUAUAUAGACUUUGAAAUUGAGCAAGAAGAAUACGAAAGAACAAGAAACCUGUACAGGUGCCUACUUCAACGUACACAGCACGUUAAGGUAUGGAUCAGUUAUGUUCAAUUUGAGCUUUCUGUGGAUGUGCCAGAACGCAUAUCCAGAUGCCGACAAAUUUAUGAGGACGCCAACAGAUCUCUACGGAACUGUGAGGAAAAAGAAGAACGACUCAUAUUCUUGGAGUCCUGGAGGGACUUUGAAACAGAAUUUGGCACAGAGUCUUCACAAGAAAGAGUGCGAAAACUCAUGCCAGGACGUGUCAAGAAGAGGAGAAAGCUGCAGGCAGAAGAUGGGACAGACGCUGGUUGGGAAGAGUAUUACGAUUACAUCUUCCCAGAAGAUGCUGCCAACCAGCCAAACCUCAAACUACUUGCAAUGGCCAAGCUCUGGAAGAAACAGCUGCACGAUGAGAAAGAACCAGAAGAUAAUCCUGACAAAGAUGCAGAUGAAAAUGAGACUGAAUCAUGAUGUAUGGACAAUCUUUACAGAAACCUUCCCCGCUCUAUUGCUGUUCAUUUUUUUCACUUUUUUCCAAAAUAUUUUCUAAUUUUUUUUGUACAAUAUUUCAAAAGCUAGAACUGUCUUCAAAGUGCUUAUUAAAUGAAUUUUUGUACCCAA